AGCAGCAAAAGUUAAGUAAUAAGGACAAAACCCAACUACUCGGAAGGGUUUUCUUUCUUGCAGACGAGAGCAGCAGCAGCAGCAGCGAAAGAAAUGAAGAAGAUCACAACCCCAAACCAAAUCCCUUCCAUGUCUGCUUCCUUGAUUUAGAUACGCUUCCUCCUCCUCCUCCUCCUCCUCCUCCUCUCUCAGAUCUUGUCAGACAAUCUCUGUCAUUCGCUCAAUCCAUUUCUUUUGUUUUUUUUCGGUUUUCUUUUUGUCUUCUCAGGCCCAAAUUCCCUGACUUUAACGUUUUCUAUCUUCUCCGACGCUUCCUCCUUAGAUCCCUACCCCUUGCUUUGUCCGAUGUUUUGACUUUCAUCUUUGCCUUGAUCCCUGAUCAUAAGAUCAAUUUCCGACAAACACCGGCUCUAAGAUGGGGCAGUGCUACGGCAAGACAAUUCCUACUACCGACAACGACGGCCCCACCACCAUCAUCGCCGCCGGAGAGCAACAACGUCCUUACCCUCAGUCUCCACUCCCUUCAUCCGCUAACAACGGCGUCAUCAACGUCCCCUCCGUCAAAAACACGCCGGCCCGAUCCUCGGCAGGGACGAGUCCAUGGUCCAGUCCCUACCCUCAUGGAAUAGCCAGUCCGUUACCAGCUGGGGUCUCUCCGUCUCCGGCGAGAUCGUCAACUCCCGGGCGUAGGUUCUUUAAACGGCCUUUUCCGCCGCCCUCACCAGCUAAGCACAUCAAGGCUUCGCUCGCCAGGCGAUUUGGGCAUGCAAAGCAGCCAAGGGAAGGUCCCAUUCCGGAGGAUGGCGCAGCAGUAGAACCCGAAGGGCAGUCUCUUGAUAAGAAUUUCGGUUACAAUAAGAAUUUUGGAGCAAAGUACGAAUUGGGGAAGGAGAUAGGACGAGGGCAUUUCGGUCAUACAUGCCACGCCAGGGGCAAGAAAGGGGAACUUAAGGAUCAUGCUCUGGCUGUUAAGAUCAUCUCCAAAGUCAAGAUGACAACUGCAAUUUCAAUCGAGGAUGUGCGUAGGGAAGUAAAAAUAUUGAGAGCUCUUUCGGGGCAUAAGCAUCUGAUCCAGUUUUACGAUGCAUGUGAAGACACAAACAAUGUAUACAUAGUCAUGGAAUUGUGUGAAGGCGGAGAAUUACUUGAUCGAAUAUUGUCCAGAGGUGGAAGAUACACAGAAGCAGAUGCAAAAUUGAUAAUAGUCCAGAUCCUAAGUGUCGUUGCUUUUUGUCACCUGCAAGGCGUUGUACACCGUGACCUAAAACCAGAGAACUUCCUUUUCAUGUCGAAAAGUGAAGACUCUGAUAUGAAGCUUAUUGAUUUUGGUCUUUCUGAUUUCAUCAGGCCAGAAGAAAGGCUUAAUGAUAUUGUAGGAAGUGCAUAUUAUGUUGCACCAGAAGUGCUUCAUAGAUCUUAUAGCCUGGAGGCAGAUAUAUGGAGUAUUGGUGUGAUCUGUUAUAUAUUAUUAUGUGGAAGCAGACCAUUCUGGGCAAGAACUGAAUCUGGGAUAUUUCGGGCAGUAUUAAGAGCAGAUCCUAACUUUGAUGAUAUACCAUGGCCUUCUGUAUCACCGGAAGCCAAAGAUUUUGUUAAAAGGCUCUUGAAUAAAGACUACAGAAAGAGAAUGAGUGCUGCUCAAGCUCUGACUCAUCCAUGGUUGUCGAGCGAAAACCAUCCAAUUCCUUUAGAUAUAUUGAUAUAUAAAUUGGUGAAGUCGUAUCUUCAUGCGUCUCCAUUCAAACGGGCUGCACUCAAGGCACUCUCAAAAGCUCUGACAGAGGAUGAAUUGGUUUACCUAAGAGCUCAGUUUAUGCUUUUGGAACCAAACAAAGACGGGCGUGUGUCGCUUGACAACUUCAGAAUGGCUCUCCUGCGAAAUGCUACAGAUGCGAUGAAGGAGUCUAGGGUCCCUGAUAUUCUAAAUGCGAUGGCGCCCCUGUCUUACAGGAAGAUGGACUUUGAAGAGUUCUGUGCAGCAGCCAUCAGCACAUACCAAUUGGAAGCGCUGGGGACUUGGGACCAGAUCGGGUCAACAGCAUUUGACUACUUUGAACAGGAGGGUAACCGUACCGUCUCUGUCGAGGAACUUGCUCGGGAGCUUAACGUGGGUCCCACCGCACAUUCCAUAAUCAAGGACUGGAUUAGAAGCGAUGGUAAACUGAGUUUGCUUGGAUAUACCAAAUUUUUGCAUGGAGUCACUCUUCGCAGCUCCAACACAAGACAUUAAUAAUUAAUUACUAGCACUAGAUUUUCUAUUAUAUUAAAUUCUUGUUCCUUUUAUUUUGCCAUUCAUAACUUGUGUAGAAAUAUAUUAUAUAGUAGAGACGAAAGCACAAGUCACAACCUCAAAGCCUCUCUUUUUCUUUUUCUUUUUUACCUUCAAU